AUGGCGGCUGCUUCAGCCUAUGGUGAAGCAGGGCCGCUGAGUCCAUGCCGACACUGUGGCCGGACUUUCAACUCAAAUAGCUUGGUGAAACAUCAAAGGGUGUGCCAGAGACUUAGCUACAAACGUCCUGUAUUUGAUUCUGGUAGACAAAGAGCAUCAGAUUCAGAUGUUCCAUUCGGAGCCACCCUCAAACCCGGCAAAAAGCCCCAGCCGGUCAGAUCCAAAAACAACUGGAGAGCAGCACACAAAGAGUUUGUCGAAACCAUUCGGAAUGCCAGGGCAGCUGUCCGAGCUAUGCGAGCAGGUCAACCCUUGCCACCACCACCUCAACCAUCUGAAAACCCUGAUUAUGUGUAUUGCAACAGCUGCCAUAGACAAUUCAAUAAACAGUCGGCUAAAAGACACAUUCCAUUCUGUCAAUCACGUAAGAAGGAAUUAGGUCAGCCCAUCUCAUUUGCUGGCAGAUCUGUGAACAAGGGUUAUGGCAGCAAAGACUCAGCUGGUAGAGAGUAUGCUAGAUCUAUUCCCAAACCAAGGCCGAUACCCAGACCACGUAGUUCUUUAUCUAACUACAGUAAGAAGAGUUCAUUCACCAGCAGAAGUUACAAAAGUAGCAGGAAAUCCACCAAUGCACCGAUAGCCGAUCCAUUUCAAGAUAUUCCGUACGACUAUGAUUCACCGAUACCGACCAAUCUCAGUAAUGGAGUUACGAAUAGCUCUCCAUUCACAUUUGGCUUGUACAUGGGAUCACAUAGCCCAAGAGUCUACCAAGAUCAGCCAUGUACAUUUUCUGCCACUGGUUUAACACCAAUAAUGACACAUGGGAAUCAGUAUGGAAAGAAAGCCAAACAUCAAACUGGUCCUACUGCAUUGAGAAGUAGAGCUAUUAGUGCAAAAUAUCGGCACAUGAAUGGUAGGAAGUCUGCUCACCUUUAUGAUAGUGUAGAGAGCUCAGACUCACAAGAACAGUUCAAUGUUGGUUUACCACCUGUAUCACGUGUGCUGAACUCAAGAAAUCAGAGACGACCUGCUAAAUUACCACGAUACACUACAUUAGGACCUGAGAGUAGUCUGAAGACGGGCAAGCUGAGAAGUAUGGGUUAUACUAGUCCAGAGUACGAGGACUACUGUAACAGAUGUGGUGAUCGAUUCCCGGACACAACAUCACGGUUCUGUUGUAAUUGUGGUGUCAGACGUGGACUGGAUUUAGGUAUAACAACAGGGACAUACUAAUCAGGUAGCAGAAUGCUACUUCAAAAUUGAGGCAUUUACUGAUAGGCUGAAAACCAAUCUCCAUGUUAACACUGGAGCUAAUGUUAGCAUGGUUAGUUAGUGCCCAACAUGGGCCUUUAACACCGCUUUUCUAUUGUGGUCAUUAGUUUUCUGUAUGAAUGAUGGGGUCCCGGAUGAUCCUGGCCACCAAAUUAAGACACAUCGUUUGAAUAAGGUAAUGUUCACCAGAUGUGAACUAACGAAGAGUUC